UAGCACAUCUCAGUCACGUGAAAGGCUAUGACCAUAACUUCUUGUCUUGGCGCCACCCUUCCCACAAUCUUCAGUAAGGACCGCACCUCAACCUCGUCGCCGACCGAUCGCAGACAGAACCCCUCAACACUCCUCGUCGUCCAGACUCGCGCACUUUCUAAAUCCGAGAAAUUUGCUUCUCAAGCGCAUCAACACAUAACCGCAAUCAUGUCUCACGAGAGCGUCUGGUACUCACGGCCCCGAACCUACGGCAAGGGUUCUCGAUCAUGCCGUGUCUGCACCCACCCUGCCGGUCUGAUCCGCAAGUACGGCCUGAACAUCUGCCGUCAGUGCUUCCGGGAAAAGAGCCAGGACAUUGGUUUCAUCAAGCACCGAUAAAUCCCUCAAUAUGACCAUCCAUCGAUCUCCGACCGUGUGUGCGACUUUCAAAACAUCGAUUAUGGCUCUAAACGUUAGUUGAUAUUGCAAGGAGAGCUGGGAGAGCUGGGGAAAUGCAGAUGAAUGGGAAGAUGAUUUGCGGCUGGGUUUGCAUCGAGCUACUGCGAGAUGGAAUCCAGUGGUCAGUAGCCUUGGGCGAUGAGGCAUGAACCAUUGCCUUUUCUUUCAGCAUUUCAAACACGGACAAUGGUAGACGGGUUCCCUUCUUACUCCAAUUAUGGAAAUGGGAAGG